CUAUAACGAGAACUCUGUCUGCACUAAAGCGGAGAAGCAGAAGAUUGUGUUGUGGUCAUAGAUGGUUGUGGUCAUAGAUAUAUCUAUGGUUGUGGUCAGCUGUCCACGCCUCCGCGCUCAUACAGUGUUGUUGGAGGAACAGAAACAAGAGCUGAACUAUUGAAGAAAUGAAUGACGUCCUGCUUUUAGUCUUCUUCUGUUCCCAGGAUUGACUUUCCUACACCACUCAAAUGUAGCUCUCUAAAUGUCAGUACAAUCCAGUAAGAGUAACGUUAAGCUGCUGAAACAGGUUAAAUAUAAGAAUAUGACUUCCAGAAGAAGCUCCGGUACUCAGCAAAUGCAAUCUGGAGCCCUCCACACAAAGACAUCUCACAGACAAACACAUAAAUGCAGCAAGGACAGAACUCAUUACUGCUCAGAGUGUGGAAAGAGUUUUGAUCGACAGAGCAAUCUCCAACACCACCUGCGCAUUCACACAGGAGAGAAGCCGUAUCACUGUAUGGAGUGUGGAAACAGUUUUACUCUACAGAUUACUCUCCAACGACACCAGCGUAUUCACACAGGAGUUAAACCAUAUCACUGCUCAGAGUGUGGGAAGAAUUUUACUCAACAGAGUUCUUUCCAACAGCACCAGCGCAUCCACACAGGAGUUAAACCAUAUCACUGCUUGGAGUGUGGAAAGAGUUUUACUCAACAGAGUAAUCUGAAAACACACCAGCGCAUUCACAGAGGAGAGAAGCUGUUUUAUUGCUCGCAAUGUGGGAAGAGUUUUAAUCGACAGUGUACUCUCCAACAACACCAGCGCAUUCACACAGGGGAAAAGCCAUAUUACUGCUCAGAGUGUGGGAGGAAUUUUACUCAGCAGAUUCAUCUCCAACAACACCAGCGCAUUCACACAGGAAAGAAGCCAUAUCACUGCUCAGACUGUGAGAAGAGUUUUAAUCGACAGAGUACCCUCCAGCGACACCAGCGCAUUCACACAGGAGAGAAGCUGUAUCGCUGUUCAGAGUGUGGGAUAAGUUUUACUCUACAGAGUAAUCUCAAAACACACCAGCGCAUUCACACAGGAGUUAAACCAUACCACUGCUCAGAGUGUGGGAAGAGUUUCAGGCAUUCAAAUGCUUUUAAGAUACACACAUGCACUAAGAGCAGUUGGAGAAACAGGCAGUAAUGAGUGUUACCAAAACACUUUUAGAGGGAAAAACACUUUUUGUUUUUUUUACCCUGUUUGAGUGUGCAUAAAAUUAAAUGUAAUUUCCUGCGCUUAAGUCAAGCCUGUGGCAUACAAGAAAUUUUGAAUUAUGAUUUAUUUCUUUCAUGAUGAUGUUAUUUCUUUCUUUGAUUGAUGAAUGUAUGAAUGAAUAUAUUAUUAUUAUUAUGAUUGUUGCAACUUAAGAUUGGAUAAUCUUGGUCUAAGAUUUCUCUCUGUCUCUCCACUAAGCAGUAUUAAUCGUCACAAUAACAUGGUGACCCUAAAGCCUUGCCAGUUAUGUUAGUGUAGGGCCCAAAAAAAUGGAGAGCAUCUACUUUUCUGAGACCAGGGUUGCAUUCAGAAACCUGACAGUUACUG